GUUAGGUGGAAAAUCAUAUGGAAACUGAAAUAUGAAUGGAAGGAUGUAUUUGGACAAAGGAUGGACAAAAUUAUUGAUUGAUCUCAGUUCCAAACCCAAAUAUACAUAUAAUUGUCCUGCUCUGUGAUACUAGAGCAGAACCCUGUCAAAAUUUCUCCUUUACUAGAUGGUCUAAUGUUAAUCUUUUUUAGUAGAAGGUGCUGAGGGACUAAUGUGCUUUUCUCUCUUCUUGUUCCUGUGGUAUGUGGCAGCCAAAAGAGUAUGAAAUACCUACUGGUGCUUAGCCCCAGCAAGUUUCAGUGCCACCAAUGCAAGCAGCAAAUUCCACUGACAUCCCAGCUGGUUUCCAGGUGAACCUCCCAGGUGCCAUAGCAAGUAAUUUCCUAGCCAUUUCCACGGACACACUCCUGGUGGCUUCCCAGUGAGUUUCAUCAGUGUCUCAACCAAGGGCAAUAGAACUUAAAGGACUUGGCUGAGCAAAACAUGAAGAGAAGUCUGUGCAGCCCUCCAUGCAGAAACCACCAGCACCUUUAACAGUGCUGCAGACAGUGGCCUCUCCCUGGACAGCUUCUGACUGUAUUUUCACACCAAUGCAACACCAGCUAUUUCUCCUCUUUGAGACUUGGUAGCACAAAGGUCACAUGGAUGUGUCUCCCCAUCCUGCACUCUCUUACUCCUGGAUUGGAUUGUCUUUCCUUUGGGACACAGAACUGGCUUGCAGACGCUGAGCCCAUUUGAGCGUCUUGCUUUGGGAAAGUCAUCUGAAGUGGGAAUGAAAAGACCAUCUUCAUUUUUACUGAGAAAGAAGACCAGUGGCCACGGUGUGGAAGGACAAGGCAACACACCCCAGAGCCGAGACAAACAUGUCUUUCUCUGUAUGAAGAUUCAAAUCAUGGCACACAAGAUUCAUGGAAAGCACUUUCACAACUGAGGGACAGGAGAAGGGAAACUUUUUAUUCACAGGUUUCUGGCAUGUGGUGUGUAGCAUGUACCUUCAAGAGAGAAUUGCAAGGAAACAAAGGGAUGAGUAAAUUCAAGAUGAAUCUACUCCUGGUGAAGAUACUGUGAAGAUGGUUGAAAUGACAACAAAGGACUUAGAAUAUCACAUAAAAUUAGUUGAUAAAGCAACAGCCGCAGUUUGAGAAGCUGGAUUCCAGUUUUGAAAGAAGUUCUACUCUGGAUGAAAUACUAUCAAAUAGCAUCGCCUGCUACAGAGAAAUCACUUGUGACAGGAAGAAUCAAUCCCAGUGGCAAACUUUAUUGUUGUCUUAUUUUAAGAAAUUGCCUACAGCAAACCACCCUGAUCAGUCAGCAGCCAUCAACAUGGGGACAAGACCCUCCAACUUACUUAAAAGAUAACCACGAUGUGAAAUCACAGAUAGAGAAUGUCACUUUCCACCAUGAAGGAUUCUUCUGGAGAUGUUGGUUUAAUGGGAUUGCGGAAGAGAAUGAUUCCAGUAUCUGGAAGUUCUGGUACACCAAUCAGCCACCGUCCAAGAACUGCAUGCACGCUUACCUGUCACCAUAUCCCUUCACAAGAGGGGAACACAAUUCAACCUCCUAUGACUCUGCUGUUAUUUACCGUGGUUUCUGGGCAGUCCUGAUGCUUCUGGGGGUCGUCGCCGUGGUGACUGCAAGCUUUCUGAUCAUCUGUGCAGCCCCCUUCGCGAGCCAUGUUCUCUAUAAAGCCGGCGGAGGCGGGUACAUUGCUGCAGGCAUCCUGUUUUCCCUGGUGGUGAUGCUGUAUGUCAUCUGGGUCCAGGCAGUGGCUGACAUGGAAGGCUACAAAAACAUGAAAAUGAGAGACUGCUUGGAGUUCACCCCUUCUGUUCUCUAUGGCUGGUCAUUUUUUCUGGCCCCAGCGGGGAUAUUUUUUUCUUUGCUAGCAGGAUUACUAUUUCUAGUUAUUGGACGGCAUAUUCAGAUACAUCACUAAUCAAACAGUUGCCUCCCAUGUUUUCUUGAGCAUAUUCAGAUACAUCACUAAUCAAACUGUUGCCACCCAUGUUUUCUUGAGAGGUUUUAGAAGAGAGAAUUUUUUUUUUUCAUUUUGUUUUGGUGAUCCCAGCAUAGAAUUAGUUGGUGAGCUAUUUAGUUGCUAUUUGAAGUUCACUUUUAUAAUUUACUUGUGAUUUCCCCUAAUAGGAAGAUCCUAAAUGCUUUCCCAACAGCCACAUGUGUCCAUCUCACAUAGGUGCUAUCAAGAACCUAGUUCUGUAAGGAGCAGAUAACAUGGGCCUCCCUUUCAUUGCACCUGUUAAAGCUCACGCAGGUUACAAAGGCCUGUUAAUGGCAUAACACCACCACCUGGGCCAAUGAAGCUUUGAUUGAAAGCUUCCUUCUUGGUGUUCACUUCUGCUGCUAUUAAAAAAAAAUCUUUGGAGAAUAAUUAAGAACGGAAUACAAAUGCUGUCAGAGAACUUACUCCAUUUCUUCUCCACACACAUGCGUAUCCCCAUACACAUUCACUGACUCCUGUGAGCCAAUUAUUUAUGACUUAAAAAUAGACAGCAGUGUGCUAUCAGUUAAACACAUCGGCUGAAAUGGGCCACAACCAGACUGAGAAACGUGUGCUUAUUCCACAUUCUCCCCAACAGUAGUUUGGUUACUUACUUAAUCACUUAGGUUACUUAAUUGUGCAUGCUUACAUAAACCUUAAACUAUGUUUAAAAGUGGCAAAUCUGCACUGCCAAAUUACAUAUGAUGCAGACUGGGUUUUCACGAGCUCAGUGGAUUAAUUAUAUGUAACAUGGCUGAAAAUAUGUAACAACCAAGCACCUUAGCUUAGUUCAGAGUUCUGUUUGAUAUUUUAAAAUUCCUAUUUAAAAUUAUAGGCUAAUAUGUUCAGCAUGUGAAAAUUUAUUGAUGAAAUGUGCUUUUAAUAUGCACUAGCUAUAAACUUUCAAAAUAUUUCCACAUGAAAUAAUAGCCUUGCUGUAUUAAAGACCAUGAAAUAGUAACUUUCCCCAAGAUUUUCUAGGUUGUAGUUCUUCUGAUAAUUUGAUUCCCUUAAUUAUUGUCUCUCAGUUCCUUCAUCUUUACAAUAGGUAUUUUAACAUUUACAGAUCUGCUAUUUCCUUUAACCUCCUGGAAGAAAACUUUGUGCUGGUUGGUGAAUAAUUCUUUCUUACUUGCUAGUGUAGACAUGUAGAUGUUUUGCAUAUCAAAGAUGUUUGUUUGGCACUAAUUUUCAUUGAAAUCAAAUCCAUCUGAGAAGCCCACGUUGCAUUUGCAUCUUGGAAACCUCCACCAAGGAGCAGUUUGGUGUUGGUGAGGGAACAGAGAACCUGUGUGGUAUGAGAGCUUUGUUCUGGACACAGCAUUUUGCUCUGCGGCCUUUGUGAAUACCUAAGGCAGGACUCAGAGACAAAUUAAGAGUGACCGCCGAGAAGAUGCUGUGGGAUAGAGGGGCUAUUGCUUUCCAUUCCUCGGUUCCCCUGAUGGAGAGAUCGCCUGUCUUCUUACACAUCUAUCCUUUCCGUUAACCUGUUUCAGUGGGAGGGAUUUCUGGAGGGAUCGCCACCGUCUGAGGUAUCUGCAGAAUCAUGAGGGCAUUUUAAUGUUUAGUGACAGAUAGGAUUCGCAUGCAAUAAAAACCAAACACAAGAAUACAAGACAAAAAAAAAAAAAGCUUCAGGGGUUUAACUGGUUUCUCAAGCCAUCUGAGUUAUAUCAUAAAUGUUUUUUGUGAUCCUUGCCUUUGUCUUUUUCUGUUUUCAUUUUUAUAUUGCUCCGUUUACUUUGCUUUUGGCUUGAUUAUUAGAAAAAUAAUUAUGGGUUCUGUUAUGCAUAUUUGCUGUGAUAUUAAGUUAUGGCAUGCCAUUAAGUUUUCCAGACGAUGCUAGAUGUAUUUGAUUAGUUCAUGUCAUCUGUAAAUACAAUUCCUUUUUGUAGAACUUUGGAAUGGAGCCUUUUUUCUAGUGUAUUAUAUGUCAUUUAAAUUUCACAUACAAGCUGCUUUCAGUAAAGGUUUGAAUAUUUAUAAAUUUCA